AUGGAAACGUGGUUUUUGAAUCAUGUCCUCGGUUUGUCUCUGUCGGUUCUCCUGGUGGGUCUGCCGGGGCCCCUCCGGGCAGGGACCCCCAGUAACAACAGCACGGAUCCGAUAACGGCGGGAUUGUAUAUUUCUACCGCCACAGAUGAACUCAGAAACGUGGAUAACAACACAACUUCGACUUCAUACUCAAGCGAGAGUUUAUCCCCAUCACAGAGGAACAUCCUGCUCACACACGGCGCUGAGACACACACCGCAGCUACUGCUGCUGGAGACCUCGGUAAGAGUGCUGACACCGAGGCCUGCUAAAGUCUGUGAUUUUUUUUCCUGAAAUCCAUACAAUGUCGAUUUCUUGUAAAAUAAAUGUGCCUUAAAGGUCUAUUUUUCUAAUUCAGCCCGAUGGUGUCUACUACAGAUAAAGGAUACAAUGGUACAGCCUUGACUGUGUUACUGUCAGAUAUAGAAGAAUUGGUGCAGGGUAGCAAUAACCUCAUAAUUACAACCUCAUUAAUUAUGAGAACUAUGAUGUAAAAGCUUAUUAAGUCCUGCUCUUGUGCCUAACAGAAUUUAACAGACAUACAUCAUAAAGGAAACAAGUGUGGACUGUUGCUCUUUCCUUAUUAGUUUUCGUCAACAUAACUUCAGAGAUAUUAACUUCAUUUCUUCAAGUGCAUUACGUUGUUUUAUUUAUGGUAUGCAAAAAUAAUUUAGCAAACCAACUAUCUUCACCCUUACUGCUUUGUUUCCCACUAGUAAGGUUAUUAAAAAAAGGAAACAAAGGUAAAAAUUAAUGGUAGCUAUGAUGAUUAUCAACCAAAUUGUUCAACUUCAGUGACAAAUAUUUACUGUUCAACCACAAUAUCAAAGUAAAAAUCUGUUUUCAAGGCUCAUGCUGUGUAUGAAUAUUGUAUAUCCGUCCACCAUUUCUAAUGGACAGUAAACUUGAGUUAUAAAGGGAACUUGGUCAAAAAUACAUUUUGUUCUGUAAUUAGCUGCUGUGUUAUUUAAGAAACAAUCAUACUUGCGUUUCAGAUCUUUAAUAUUUGCAGUGGUAUGUUGGUGUCCAUCAGAAAUGAAUCAGUUGAGUUGUAUAAAAUAAAAAGUUAAAAGUGACAAUAAAUAAUACAAUUGUAUAGACGAACAUAUUAAGCACAGUUUGACUUUGUUUAGCUAACACAUGCUGCACCAUCUCAGGACAGCAUCACUAUCAUGCUUCACUGUUUUCUUUCUUCGAACGCUCAUUAUGUCAUACUUAUACUAGUUUUCUGUUAGUGAUUAGCUGUAGGGUUGUUAUCAUCACUUAAAGUACUUGUUUCUUAGCCAAGUUGGUAAAGAUACACAGGUAUGAGCUCAGUUCCCUUACUAUGAUAGCAGUGUUAGGCAGAAUAUUUCUUGUACAGCAUGUGGGACAGAAGAGUCUGCUGCUGAACUCUGCAUUUAACAUCAACCGCUAUUUUUGGCUUCCAAGAUAAUUUGUUGUAAUCAUUGACAGGUUUGCGCAUUAGAUAUUUUGAGGCUCCAUUGUGCUACCGCAGAGAUACAAGUUUAUCCCACAGAGAUAUAAGUUUGUCCCUCAAAUUGAGGGUUACAGAACAGCGUGUUUGUGCAGAAAAUUCAACUGCAUUUGCCGUUCUUGCUGAACCUAAGCUCAAGACAGAGGGAAGACAGAUUUGAGUUGUAAGGAUAAACUUUCAGAAAAUACUUCUUCUACUUACAAAUUUUGAUGCAAAAUUCAACCAUUUGAAAGUCUAAGAACUGUAACAUUAAUGGGUUUAGUCAUGUUUGAUUCAGAUAGGGGGAAGGGUGGUGUGACUCCAGUGACACUGUGGGAGGGUUGAAUGAUUAGGUCAGAGGCAACAAGUGUUUUCUAAUGGAGAAUGGUCAGGUGGAUAUUACUCACUUUCCUCAGCCUGGUUUCACCCAUAUUUCCCCUCCUUCUUUCAAAUAAAGUCUCCAGAGACACAUCAUUUGACAUCAAACCCACAAACUAAUCCCAAACACAACUACAUCUGGUCAACAAAAACAGCAGUACAGUACCUCAAUACCCAAAGUGAUGAAAUAUCAGCUAUUCCAUUCACAUCAGUGUUACGUAAUAGAAUUGUUGGUCCUCAUUAAUAUGCUACACAUUUGAACUUGAAUUAAUAUUCAAGCCACAGAGUUUUAGGGUUAUAGCAGAUGGAGAAGAUGCAGCAGCUUACAUCUGUGUUGUUUCUUGACAGCAGAAAGACAAACAGCAGAGAAUCUGGGAGUGUCCAGAACUUGUUGCCAGCACCACGUUCCAGUCUGAGUUUUGGUGCCCAGACUGGAUCCAGAGAGAGAAACUGAUAUAAUGAGAGAGACACAUGCAGAGGAAGUAAGAGAGAGAGAUAGAGUCCAGUGGCACAGUUCCCCUCACAGACUCCCAGUGGGCCGGCUGUUCCACAGAUGAACUCUCCCCUCUGUUAGUUUUUGGACGGUUGCUGCUGGUCACUGUGUGCCAGCUGUCAGGAUCCUGCUGUCCAGCACCAAAGCUCAUACUCACAGUGCCGUUGAUCCAGUUUUAUGCAUCUGAAGAUGGGCCAGAUAACGGACAGUAAGGGGGCUUUAAAUGAAGGAUAGGCAGACAGACAAACACACUUUAUUCCCCAUUUUUCCUCACUUACCUUACAUAGAGCAUUAAAGUUACUAUUUGGCCCAUUGGGAGAUCAAUAGCAAUGUUAUUAAAGAAACACUCAUCACCCUAUUUACGUAAACGACUGGUCACAUGACUUUUAGAUGUACUGAAUCACUAGAAUCAGUUAACUUAAAAGAUUCAUUCAAAAGAUUCAUUCACCAAAUCACUGAAUCAUUUAGCGGGAGAAGCCUGCGACUCCGACCUCCUGAACUGAUACACAGCUGAACGUUUCAGGAUUCAGUUCAAUUCAUAGCUUCUGGGACCGGAGACGAGAGUGUUUGACUGUGUCGCUUUAGCAAACAGGUUUGUAAAAAUGAACUUGUUAAUAAGUCUAGGGAUGCACGAUAUUUAUCGGACCGAUAAAAUAUCGGCCGAUUUGGGGGGAAAUCACGUCAUUUUUUAUCGGCCCGAUAGGUGCAUUUUUCCGAUAGAAAGAUCCGAUAUAUUAAUGAAAUUACGAGUAACGUUUGCAGGCGGAGUAGCCGCCCGUCCGAGACGCGCUGGUUACGUCAUCUAUCGCGCCUUACUCGCAGGUCCCAAGCCUGACCCUGUCACUACCUGACAGAUAAUAAAAUGUCUUCACCAGCAUGGUCGUUUUUUCUCAGUGGCAGAAGAUGACAACAGCUGCUAUAUGCAAAACCUGUUCAGCGAGGAUUCCAAGAGGAGGAAAGAAGACGUCAAGUAUUAACACAACGAAUCUGAUAGCUCAUCUGAAAAGUCGCCAUCGCGGCGAAGCGGUAGUAAAAGAAUAUGAGACAGCCGCCGAAGCUGCUAGCGGUACUAAAGCUAAGACAUCAACACUACGGAGGAUCGAUGUCCCCAUUCAGCAGGCGUUUAAAAACUGCAAAAGCUUCUCAAGAGACAGCGAAAAGGCUAAAGCCAUUAACGACAAAGUGAUGGAGUUCAUAGCGGUCGACGACCAGCCUUUUUCCGUCGUUGAGAACCCGGGUUUUCGUAAGUUAUUAGCACACUUGGAGCCACGUUACACUCUCCCAAGCCGCCGCUUCUUCUCGGAUGUGUCUCUUCCUGCACUCUAUGAUAUUGUCGCCACAUACAUUCACAACCUGAUCGACAAGAACGGACUACACGUGAGUUUUACCACAGACAUAUGGACGUCAGAUGUUAGUCCGGUCAGCAUGCUAAUGCUAACGUCUCAUAAUAGCUCCUUUACAGUUUACAGUUCUGUUGAACAGUUCAGGGGAUCAAAUGAAGUUCUGCUUUUUGCUCUGUUAUUGUUAUUUAUUGCAAAUGACCACAUUUGAAGAGCCAAAAACUUUUGUUUGUUGUUCUAGAUAGGCCAGAGCAACAAAAACAUCAGUUUUCAAUCGCUGCAUCCUGCACAAACUGCAGAUUAUAUGAAGAUUAUAAUAAAUGUAAAAAUAUGAAUUUAUCGGUUAUCGGUAUCGGUAUCGGCCAUGAGAAGGAGAAAAUUAUCGGUUAUCGGUAUCGGUUGAAAUUUUUCAUAUCGUGCAUCACUAAAUAAGUCAUGAUGUUUUAAGUGUACUGUCCUAUGGUAUGCUAUUUAUCAGGUCUGCUCCGUAAAUUGGGGUCAGUGAGUGAUUCGUUCAUUGAACGUUUAGAAGAAUUCACACUGAACAUGCACCGUUCCCUCGCAAACCGCUGCAACGAUAGGGUACUGCGGGUUUUAUGCGCUACUUGUUACAUGCUAUGUCCUAUUGCAUGCAAGUUGUUGUGUUGGCAAUUUAGCAGUGAAAAAAAGGUAGUUUUGUCCGACAAAAAUGAUUCCAGAGAGUGUAGUUCAGUGCGUGAUUUGUUUACCAAGGGAUCCAGGGAUGCAUGAGGUCCCUUGUUCGCCGGCUGCUGGCUUGGCAAUGCUGUUUCUCACUUCUGUUGAGCUGAAGUGAGAAACAGCAUUGCCAGAACGAAUCAUUCAAGGAAAUGAUUCAGUUAAGUACGUUCACUUAAAAGAUUUGGUUCUUUUGAACAAAUCAUUCACGAACGACACAACACUAUCACAAUUUCCAAGGAAGAAGUCUGGUUAACGGCUUACAAGGAUGGCUUCAAGUAGGAAGAGGUCAAAAAUUUGGCUAUAUAUUCUUUGAGGAUGCGAAGAGAACGAUGCAAAUCAUCACAAAGACUAAUUUAUUGCAAAGUCGAGGCAAGUUUCAUACACAAGGCUAUUCAAAGUGCUUUACAGAUGCAAGGAAAUACAUUGGAAUGAAGAAAAGAGAGAAAAAUACAAUUUAAAAUGAAAAAGAUGUAAAACAAAUAAGAACUCGGUAAAACAGAUUACAUUUUUUUUGUCUGUUCCGUGUUAGCCCUAAUUACCUCCGCCAAGGAGGUUAUGUUUUCGGUAGCGUUGAUUUGUUGGUUUGUUUGUUUGUUUGUCUGUUAGCAACUUUACGGAGAAAGUUACAGACGGAUUGACCUGAAAUUUUCACCAGAGGUGCGUCUCAGCCCCAGGAGGAUCCCAUUACAUUUUGGUGGUGAUCCAGAUCGCCUUCUGGAUCCAGGAAUCUUUUGAAGGAUUCUUUUUAAUUGUGAGAUAGGGCAAAUUUUGAAAUUUUUGCAUUUAACUCGAUAAAAAUGGCCAGAGUCUUUAGUAAAAAAUUACACAAAAGGAUCUCAAUGAGUUUUAUGAGGUGUCAAAGGUUGAUCCUGAUCCAGACAAAAUUCCGGAUACUGUGAUCCAGAACACACAAAAAUAAGGGCGUUGUUGGAAUUUUCAAUGCUGAAAGACAACCAAUGGGCGGCACAGUGGUGUAGAUGGGCGGCACAGUGGUGUAGUGGUUAGCGCUGUCGCCUCACAGCAAGAAGGUUCUGGGUUCGAAUCCGGGUCAGGGCAUUUAUUGUUUUAGGAACAUUAUGAACAGUGAACACACCAGUUUAAACACAAAUAAAAGUUAAUAAAAGACAUGUAACAGUAAAAGUUUUGGUGUGAAUCACAAUAUAAGGGGCGGCAUGAGCUGCUUGGCGGAGGUCUGCGCUCUCCGAGUGCUUUUCUAGUUAUUUAUGAAAACUGUCCUUUCUCAGAAAAACGAAAUAGGGGGACUCAACCUUUACAGCCCAGCACAUCAGCAUCAAAUUCAGUAAAAAUGCGGUACCUUUGACUGUCUUAUGGUUAAUAAAUUAAAUAGCGGCUGCUUCUGGGCGGUCAUCCUCCUCCUGCAUGUAAAAGAGUUACUGCACCCAAACCUUUUUGUCAGGUGGCCUUUGUUGAGAAAAGCAACUCAGAGUUGAAAUCAACAGGAUAACAGCGAGAUAAUUUAGUAGAUGAAACAACGUAAAGUUAUAAUAUGAUGCAUUUAAGGUCAGGUCAGCAAGAUGACAUUUCAGCAUAGGUUAAUAAAAUGUAUCAAUAAAAGCAACUCCAGCUCUGUCAAAAAUAUAUCAUCAGAAGUAGAAAAUCAAUGAAGACUUGAAUCAUAAAGGAGGCUCAGUAAUGGUAUCAGCAAAAACGAAUGAUCCCCAUCUCUGCCUGCCGUUAACCUACAGCACAGCAGUGAAUAGGUGUGCAGCAAGCUGGCAAACCCGGUGGUGCCUAAAGAUAAAAUAAAAGGUUAAUACUGCUGGUAUGAGCUGUGUUCGUCCUACCUAAAAGUGUUAUUUCUACAGUGAGCUCCUCUGCACAGUUAGACAAAACGGUUCAUGCAGCUUCAAAGUUCUGUUGUAUCAAAAAAGACCUCCUCUGCUGUCUACACAUGACUUCUGUCUUCCUCUACCACCAAACUGCCAGUAUCAUUUUCAUCCCAAACUACAGCCCACUGUUCAACAGCAGCAUUCUUUUGUGACACUUUUAUGACUGAACAACAAUUUUUAGCUAAGCUAAGAAAAAAAAAUCCUCCACCACAGCCACUGAACAUGAAAACACACCCAGAUCCACAGUGACACUCUCUGCCAGAGCCUUGUGCUCACUCAGCUUUAGGAAGGAAAUGGCUGUAUCCCAGCGGAGACAGUCACUGCCACAUUUAGGACCUCAUGCCUUUGUUUGAGUAGACAAGCUCGCCUGCCAAUUGUUCUCCACCCAAAAAUCAUUGUCUGUAACAGGCAGCAGUUCUUUGUACAGCAUCUUCCCCCCUUUCCACCGGAGACUCUGCUUUCCAGAGUAUGUUUACAAACCUGAUGAGCUCCCUCUGGGGGCCACAUAGAGACACCUUCAAAUAUAAGAUGUUGAUGUUGUAAAAUCCAAAUUAUGUUUUUUCACAUAAUUAAAUAGAAAAGCAGUUGAAAGAUGUUUUAAAUGCAUUUUCUGUCUCUAAAAAUCAUUAAAUCCCUUUAAACUGACAAUCUCCUCAAUCAUUUACCAGAUUAUUCAAUUUUACAUUUUUGCAGCUUGUGGAAGUAAACAUCUAUAAGGCUGACAUCAUGACAAUCAUUGUAUGUCUUAACCAUAGACUGUUUAAAGAAUGGACAGCGUCUGCCUCCUUGCUGGGUGAAGCCACUCCGAGAACAGCACCCUCUGUUGACAGGCUGCAGUAUAGGUCAUAAAUCCCGCCUCCUCCAUCAAUCUCUAUGUGGACAGCUGUGGACAAACUUUAUAAAUUUAUUACACAGAACAUAAAUUUCUCUCCCUCCUGUUUGCGAUGUUGACAUGUAGUUACAGGAAGAAUGGGUUGUGCUCAAGUCCUCUUUUUUCUGUGAAGCUCCAUUUUCUAAAAGUUAUUAGGAGGUUUCCUGUUUUCUUUGAUUGACACCUGAUGCAGCCUAUUGGUGUUAAGGGAUUGCGUAGCUCACCCAGGGGAUACGCUGUCUGAGCCGAGCGUCAUCACAGCGACUCUCGGCGACUCUCCCGCCAUAUGCGCACAUCGCUACUGUGCAAUGCUGGUUUCAGGAAAUGAAGAAAAAUCCCGGAAAUACCAAGAGCUGUUUGGAUUCAAAUCCGUAUACAGACGGGAGGUGGAACCAAGUUGUCCAUAGUAUAUACAGUCUAUGGUCUUAACUAAGGAGCUAUAUGUAAGAGAAAGUACUAAAAUACCAUAUCCUAGAAACUAUGUACUAGAAAAUACUGAAGUGGACAAACAUUAUGACUAAUUUUUUUCCUCUGUUGUUCUUCUUCAAGGCACUGAGCAGACACAGAUAUUCACAGAAACAAACAGCCGUUCACUGGAGCCCAUCAGUCUGUCUACUGAGCCCCUCACCUCCACUCUUGAUGUCGUCGCCACCACUGAGGCCAGCAGCAGUAGCAGCAGCAGCAGUAGCAGCAGCAGCAGCAGCAGCAGCAGCAGCAGGGACUGGAAGGACCUCACCAACACUGACCAGCGGCUAGAUGUCUCCCCUGUUUCCUGGAAGGAGACUGGAUCCACAAAAGAAGCCAGACUGCCGCGAAACAGCCCAGACACCACCCUCCGAUUUGGAGACACAGCAUCCAUCAGCACCUACACCUCCACCACUAUUACCCGAGCUGGGGAGAGAACCCUGCUGUCUGUCACCUCCUCUUCUAGCAACAGCACCACCUCUUUCUUUACAGAGGACUCCAAUUCCCAUCAGCCUGCCUUCACCUGGGAGGUGUCUGCUAAGACUGAGGACUACACCCACCAUGUCCCCUCUACCCAAACUGACCAUGGGGACACAACAGGCCAGCACAUGACCCACUCCAUUACUGGGACGAUGUCAGAGACUGGGGGACCCAGAGGGAUCCAGAGUUUUAACGGACAACCUAACACCACCCAGCAUCAGGACAACUCCACAUCAGAGGACACUUCUGACUCAACACCACCUCUCAGAAUGACGGAGCCCAGCACAGACCAGACAGACGAGUCUGUGUACUCCACUCCACCUCUCACUUCACCUGCAGAAGGUCUCACUAAUGUCUCAGGGACAGAUCAGGGGUCAGACUCUAGUGUUGGAACCUUUACAGAGUCCUCCACUGGAAUCCUCAGUCUCAGCACUCAGAAUCAGGAGGGGACAGAAGGGGUUUCAUCACAGACUGGAGAGCACAGUGUGAGUUGGGGUCUGACUACAGCACCCCCUACCGUCAGCAUCAGUACAUCUGGACUGGACAACUCUCUAACAGAGACUCCAGUGUUGGUUACUAAAGUCUACCUCACCACUCCACCUGUCACUGUUACGGAAAGGUGUGUUUCAUUUUCGAGUCUUAUUCUCUCUAAGUGGAAAAGAGAAAUGUCAAUAAUAUAGCCCAUAGUUAAAUAGGGUAGGCUUCAAUCAUAUCAUAUCAUAAUUUAACAGUACAAUAAUAUAAUAAGACAUAACGACAAUAAUGUGAUCAAAAUCAUCCUUAUUGUGAAAUAGAGGCUCAGGUGAAUGGAAAGAUCAUGGUUUACACUGAUAUGUAAAUGAUUUUGUAUAGACACAGCUGGAAAGAUCAGGCUUUGAAAUUGUUGCUCUCUUAUGAAACAGUAAUAUCAAAUAAGGUAUAAAAAAACAAUUUUGUUCCUAAUUUCAAUAGUUUAAGGUACUAUCACUUUGGGAAUAAAAACAAACAUUCUAAAAACACAUCAAACCACAGGAAGACAGUUACUAAAACUAGAAGAAAGUUAAAAAAUUAUUUAAAAUGUCUCUUAUUGCUGACUUGGGUCAAGAGCAGAAAAUCAGCAAAAGCUAUAAACUGUAGCAACAGAUUUUUUUAUGCUUUGUAUAUGAACCUCCAAAAUCCAUCAGAAUACUUGAGAAAUCCAUUUUUAGACGUUUUGUUUUGUGUAUAUAAGUGGCUCUAGUGCCCCCUGCUGACAGCUGAGGGUUAUGAGUAGAAAUGAUAAAUCAGGCUGUCAUAAGCAGACCUUAAGUGCAUUAUUGAUUGUUGUAAAAACAAAGUUGUAUGAUUGUUGUCAGACCUGACAGAGACUUGACAGAUUGUUUGUAUAUCUCAUAGAUCACAGGUCACAGAUGAAGACAGUUCCACAGCCUCUGCCCCCUCCUCCACUCCCACCUCUCCCUCCCCUGAAACCUCACCCUUCAGCUCCAGAAGCACCUCCAGCACAUCUACUCCAGAAUCAUCCACUGAGGCAACCUUCCUGUACACGACAGUCCCCACCACAGCCUCCACUCCAAUCCUGCAGACCUCUGUAGCUCACCCGACUCCCUCUCUGUCACCCAGCCAGACCCCGGGCCCCUCGACAGGGGUUGCUAGCCCUACAAAUGUCACCACCCUGCAAUUGGAAACCAGCACUGGCACAGUGGGAGUCACUAUGUCUCACAGCCAGCACAUCACCACUACCUACACCCACAGCACCCCAACUAAGAGUACAGAGGCUCUGCAGACUACUGGAAGGUGGGCAGAGGAUGGAGCUACACAGCCAGUGAUAACUACAGCAACUACUGGCUUUAGCACCACCAAGGCUCCACUCUUACCAAGUUAGUGACAUCAUCCUCUUUUAUUUAAAGUGACAUAACUUAGCAUGAACUUUGUAUACCAGACUGUCUUUUCUUUAAACACCAGCUUAAACUCAUCUGAACUAACUCUAAGCUGACAGCAAUGUGCAUUAACAUAAUGUAUGAAACUGACAAUGCAUAUUUGAUGUUCAUGUAAAGCCUCUGUAUGUGCCUUUAAAAAAGAGAUUUCAUUCUGUGGUAAAAUGCCUGAUUUGCUUGCUGAACUCCAGGAAACCCCUGUGUGUCUAACCCGUGUAUGAAUGGAGGGAUGUGUGUGAGUUAUGAAGCACAUCAGUUCACCUGCCACUGUCAGCAGGCAUGGACAGGACCCAUCUGCGACCAAGGUGAGCCUCUCCUCCUCUUGGUAGCUUGAAACUGCCUCAUUAAUAUGCAUGUAACAAAUAGAGUGUAUAGGAUGUUGAAUAAAUUUAUUAGAGAUUAUCAGAGUGGGUGUAGUAAUUUGAGAUGUAAUGUUAUAAUAUUGUGUGCUUGUAUAUCCAGAUACAGAUGAGUGUGAAAGGGACCCCUGUCCUGUUGGGUCCAGGUGCGUAAACACAAGAGGUUCUUUCAGCUGUGAAUGUCCUCUUGGCUUUGACCUUGAGGAUGGACGCACCUGCACUAGAGGUAACAACAAAAUAACUUCACGUCAGUCACAUAUCAUGUAAAAAUACUCAUGAAAACAUGUUUGUCAUUUCAGUCAACAAAAUGUAUUUCUGCCUGCUUUCAGCAAAGACUUUUCUGGGAACGUUCAGUGUAAACAGACAGCCACACGACCCUGCUGUUUUUAAGAGCGCCACUCUGCAUGAGAUCCAGAGAGAGAUCAUUCAGCUGGUGAGAGGAAGUUCACAUGAUUACAUGGUCCCUGCUAAGUUUCUGUGUAAAGAUCUAGAAGGCUUAUGUGCAUUAUAUCUAAAAGACACUCUCCUCUUGGUUUCACCUCAGCUCAACGCUUCUUUGUCAGUUUUUCGAGGCUACAGCCGCUCAACGCUGAGUAGGAAGUAAGUCCUCGCCAAAAAGUACCAUUUCUAUGUCAGGGUUGCAAUGUUUCUACAUUAUAGGAUACAACAUGGACUUUCUGUCCAUGUAGGCCUCUACAGUGACCUCUGAUCUCUUCCCCACAGAGGAGAUGAUGGGGUUCUUAUCGCAGCUGUCAACAUGUUUUCCAUUUCCACCGAAGUGACAAGCACUGAGGUCUACAACAGCAUCCAGAUGUUUCUCAGCAACUGCAGCUCCUCGUUGGCACACUGCCGGAUGGUGCUGCAUCACCAGCUCACUUAUCACGGUAAACAGAGACACAGAUUCGAAUGAGUGAAUGUUUGUUUUUUCAACAUGUUUUAGUUCUGCAAUUGAAGAUGGACCCUUAAGACCUUUGGUUAAUGUUUACAGCCAUCAGAGGGCACCAGUUAGCUACUAAAUGCUCCCACGAUUGUUGACCUCAAACUGUAUUGUGUUGAGUCAUUACAUGACUGAAAAACUUUAUUGCUUACCUGUUAUUAGGGGUGGGAAUCACAAGAGGCCCCACAAUACAAUAUAUUAUCACAAUACUUGGGCCAUGAUUCGAUAUUAUUUCGAUUUUAAACAAUUUGCAAUACAGUAAGUAUUGCAAUACCAUAUACAGCAAUUUAUACAAUUUUUUCAACUCCUUAGCUGAUUUAGCAUUUAUCUUUCCUUUAUGUUUGUCUUAUUUACACAGUAUUUUAUUUUCAUGUUGCACGUCUUGCAAACCUCAUGUGUCAGGUCCAUCUCAUUUGUGCCCUGCUUGCAUUCCUAAUGUCCCUCCCCAGGUGUUGCCUUGUUUCUCCUUUCUCCUGCUCUAUGAUGUCACGUCUGCCGACCUCACUGGACAAACGAUCAAUGUUACUCCUCCAUUUCCAUAGACCUGAGUUUAUAAUGGCAUUUUAUUAGAUUUUAAAAAUUCGAUACUUGGUGGAUGAAAUGAUACGAUAUAUCACCAGACAAAUAUCGUGAUACUAUACUGUAUCGAUUUUUUCUCCCACCCCUACCUGUUAUAGUCUAAAAUCUUAUUCUACACGGUCAGUUUCACAGUUAUAGAAGAGUAAAGUAAAUACAUUAAAAGACAAUAUCAAGAUCAGUGUAACCUGUCAUUUAUAAAUAGUAAUUUAAUCAAUGAUAGUCUAAGUCACUGCAUCUACUUUUUUGAUUAGAUUGGAACCUUAAAAGGUGAUAUAAAGGAACAGUCAAAUGUUUGGUGUUUGAUCCUUUUUUUUGCUCUGAUCAUGUUGUCUAAGAGUUUUGUGUUGUUGUUUUAAUGACUAUAUUUAUCAACACUGUCUUCCAGUGGAAAAUCUGUGUGUGGCCCAAAAGACACAGUGUGAUACAGAGCGCUCGACCUGCACCGACAACAGCGGCACAGCCUACUGCCAGUGUCUACCAGGGUACUACAAACACAACCCUGAAGACCUGUCCUGCUUAGGUAAAAGAUUAUAUACAAGCAAGAUAGAAAUAGAUCAAUUAUUCGACUUUUAGAGCAAGAAGGGUACAACUACCAAGCUAGUAUAUCUGAAAAAAAAUAACAUGUGAAUACAUUUUUUCAUUUACAUUUGAAAUUAAAGGAUAGAAAUGAAAAUAUCAGCCCAACAUGAAUGAAAUGUCAUUUUAAAACACCUUUUUUCAGAGUGUGGUGAUGGCUAUAAGCUGGAAAAUGGCACUUGUGUCCCGUAAGUUAGACUUUAUAUCAGUGCAGCAUGAUUCCUAUAAGAAUGUAAGAUCCUAAACCACAUUGUCACUGCUGAUGUGUUUCUACUCUCUAGGUGCAUGUUUGGAUUUGGAGGGUUCAACUGUGGAAACUGUAAGUAGUUCCUAAAAACCUCAAAUGUAACAUAUUCAGACCAUAAGAUCAUUUUUAUGAAAAAGAGACGUAAAUCAUUCUUGCAUAUGUCCUUGUCACACAUUAUGUCUAAUUUGCUAAUAUCUAAUGUUGCAGUUUACAAGCUGAUUGCAGUCGUGGUGUCACCUGCAGGGGGAGCUCUGCUCCUUAUCCUCUUCAUUGCUCUGAUUGUCACCUGUUGCAAGUAAGACUGGUUUUAUCACCAUAGCAACAGUAUGAUUUGUCUCGCUCAGGUAUUUUUAAGUUCAUGAUUUAAAUAAAAGAAGACUUACGUAACACCACAUGUACUUUUAUCCGUUUGACAAAUAUUUGUAAAAAAAAAUCACAGUUCCUGCUCUAAAUGGUUUGGUUUUCACUUUCACCUCGAAGGAGAGACAAGAAUGACAUCAACAAGAUCAUCUUUAAAAGUGGAGACAUGCAGAUGUCCCCGUAUGCAGACUUCCCCAAAAGUAACCGCAUAUCCAUGGAGUGGGGCAGGGAGACCAUAGAGAUGCAGGAGAAUGGCAGCACCAAGAACCUUCUGCAGAUGACUGACAUUUACUACUCUGUAAGUAGACAUAUGUUUUUGUAACGCAACUUAUAAAUAACAAUUUUAGACAAGAAAUAAUGGAUCACAUCUCUUUAUCCUCUUUCUCUUGGUGCUCUCUCAGCCUGCACUGCGUAACUCAGACCUGGAGAGAAAUGGCCUUUACCCCUUCACUGGUCUUCCAGGCUCUCGCCACUCAUGCAUAUAUCCUGCCCAGUGGAACCCCUCCUUUAUCAGUGAUGAUUCAAGACGAAGAGACUACUUUUAA